GCAGUUGUUGGCUUACAGACAAGUUAAAUUCUUUCAGACUUACACAACAGGCACAUCAGCCAAUAACAAAUCGCACAGCCGCCAUACGACGCGACACCUGUUUGUUUUCAUGAGGAUGUGGUUAAUGAAGAAAUGGGCGGUGGAUGGAGGGCAAGUGGAACAGGUUUGGCAGAUUAAUGCCUUUUAUAUAGUCCUGAAAGAGCCCAGACUUCCCGCUCAGACGUCGGAAGAGCGUUUGUGAUUUUGAGGAACAGGGUUUUAAUCUCAGCACAUCUGAUCUUUCAAGGAGAGUACAUUACACGUUUGUCCACCCGACAUCUUCAUCUUCACGGUUGCUGAUCCUGUAGAUAGCUGGAAAUAUGAUCUAGAACAUGCAUCCACCCUAAACGAGGAACUGACAUUACUAAGGUUCUUGGUGAAAUGAAGUUUCCAUUACAUGAACCAAAUGACUGGAACUGCGUCAUAGAAAUCAAUCAUCUACAUUCUGAGUUGCAUUAAAGAGGAAACUUGAUUCUAGUAAAAAAACAGAACAGAGACAACCAAAAUGCGACAGACAAAGAUUCUUAUUGUUAUGGUACUUACCAGCAGUUUUUUACUUGUAAUACUGUAUUCAUUGCUAAAUCUUCAAAUCACCCCGAGUCGAAGGCAAGUAGCAGAAAUGCACCCUGUUGCCACCUCAAACCUAUUUACAGAGGCCAACACCACCACCAAUAUCACAGAAAACAAGGGCACUGAACAACCCACAAAGUCCAAAAGUGUUCCACACCCCAACACUGCAACAGCUCUACCUGGCAGGGUUUCUGAGAGCUUUAGAAAGAAUAUUCCAAAAAGUAAUGCCUUCUGGAACAGAAAAUUUCACUCCUUACUCAGGAAACUGGAUAUUACAGGAGACCUGACAGAACAGGAAAACUUGAAUGGCUCUCGCUGUCAGCUGGAAAGUGCUGAGUCACUUCGCAUAAACAUACAAGAUUUUAGAUCUUACCCUGAUAUCUAUCAAGACUUUGUUCGGUGCAUGGAUUGUCAUGACUCACAGAUUCUAAUUGACCAGCCGAACAAAUGUGCCUCAGUUGAUGGUCAGGUGUUUCUUCUUUUUGCUGUCAAAUCUACUCUGAGUCAUUUUGAGAGACGGCAGGCCAUUCGAGAAACCUGGGGAAGAGAGGGACUGUACAGGGGAGGACUGUCAGUGAAAACAGUCUUUCUUUUGGGCAGCACAUCUGUAGAUGACCCUACUCUGGAGAGUCUGAUCUAUUUUGAGGCUAAAAAGUAUGAAGACCUGCUUCUUUGGGACUUUCAUGAUUCAUUUUACAACCUCACCCUCAAGGAACAUGUAUUUUUAAAAUGGGCUCUUCAUCGUUGUCCCCAUGUGUCCUUCAUUUUUAAAGGGGAUGAUGAUGUUUUUGCUAACACACCAGGUAUACUUAGUUAUUUACACUCUCUUAAACCUGGUACAAAAUUGUAUACUGGCCAAACAAUCUCUGAUGCUUCCCCGUUGAGAGACAUUAAAAGCAAAUAUUAUGUCCCUCACUCAUUCUAUGAAGGUGCUUACCCAUCCUAUGCAGGUGGCGGUGGGUUUCUUUUCUCUGGACCUCUUCUUAAACAUCUCUACACCAUCUCCCAGUAUAUUCCCUUUUUCUCGAUUGAUGAUGUCUAUACAGGCAUGUGUUUUAAUGCCCUGGGGAUCUCCCCGGAGAAGCAUGAGGGCUUUCAGACUUUUGACAUUCGUGAACAGGAUAGGGAGGAUGUAUGUGUGCAUAAGAACUUGCUUCUGGUGCAUCGGCGAACCCCAAAGCAGAAUAUAAGACUGUGGAGAAGCAUACACAGUCCCUUGCUAAAGUGUUAGCACAUAAAGACAGCCUGAUCUUGGACCCCUGACCAUCUCAUUCUGUAUUUGUGAUCACACUGAUAUUUGUUGGCAACUUACUAUAAUGUGUAUUUAUAAUGUUUAAAAUUAUAUGCCUUUUUAGCCUUAACACAAGCUGAAAAUAGAAAUAAAGGGUUAACCUUCCACAUGUU